ACUGGAAACCUCAUCCACAAUGCUACGUUUCCCAAGCAAGGCGUUUGGUGUUCUUACUGGACUUCUGCUUCUUCCGUCAUUAAUAAUGGCACAGACCGAGCCGAACCACAUCAAUCUUGCAGCAAACGGUACUGACUUCAUAUCCUCGCCAUCCUAUCCAGGCAGCUACCAGAACAAUCUGGACAUCCAGUGGAUCAUCCAAACAGUGCAGGACUUUAGAAUCCUCCUCAGUUUCUACGCUUUUAUCACGGAGAGAAACGACCAUCUGAGUGCUGGAGAUGGUAUCGAUUCUGCAAACUCCUCCACAAGGUUGCUCCUUUGGAGUGGGAACAGUGUCCCCCCUGAUACGCGCUCAACCGGCAAUGCCAUGUGGAUAAGGUUCACAUCUGAUGGUUUUGGCACCAGGAGUGGCUUUUCUCUAUCAGCUCAAAGCGUUGGAUCAAGCUGCGUAUUGAACUCUUGUCUGAACAGCGGGACGUGUCAACCUAUGGGAUGGUCUGGCUUUACCUGUGAAUGUCUCAACGGGUUUAUAGGCACGAGGUGUGAAAUAAAGCUGAACAAUCUUGCGGCAAACCAGUCAAUCAACAUUACCUCGCCAUCCUAUCCCAGCAACUACCAGAGCAAUCUGGACAUCCAGUGGGUUAUCCAAACAGCGGAGGACUUUAGAAUCGUCCUCAGUUUCCACGCUUUCAACACGGAGAUAGACUUUGAUUAUCUGGAGGUUGGCAAUGGCCGCGACUCUACUGACUCCUCCACUAGGGUGUUCCGUUGGAGUGGGAGCAGUCUCCCGCCUGAUACGCUCUCAACCGGCAAUGCAAUGUGGCUGAGGUUCAUAUCUGAUAGUAGUAGCAGAUACAAAGGGUUUUCUCUAUCAGCUCGAAGCAUUGUAUCACUUGCUACUGUAACCACCCCCACCGCAACGACUACCACCCCCGCCACAAAGACUACUAACCCAGCUGCAACGACAACCAGCCCUGCUGCAACAACUACUAUCCCCGCUACAACGACUACCAACCCCGCUGUAACGACAACCACCCCUGCUGCAACAACUACUACCCCCGCCACAACGACUACCAACCCCGCUGUAACGACAACCACCCUUUCUGCAGCUUCCACUGUAACGAUUCCCACUCUAGCUGCAACGACUAAAGCUAUUGACACGCUAGUGGGGAAGGUGGCAGGAGGAGCAGCGGCUGGAGGAGUUCUCCUCGUGGUGAUCCUGCUUCUUAUUUUUCUCAUCAGAAGGUGCAGGAAAAGUAACAGUCAGAGAACAGUUCGGGCCCCGGAUAUACCUUCUGCCCUCACUGAUACACACAUCUAUGCAGUCCCAGAAGCGGUGUACGAUAUUAAUAUCGGCGGAGCUGAUGCAGCCGUAUAUGCCAAUUAGUGUGCGCCGGAAAGGUGGUUAAUUAAGGUUCCACUGACGCCUACCCCAUCUCCACCGGACGGCCCACCCCAACGUUUCGACUAUGCCUACGUACCAGGACACUGGCCGGGCGAUCGACCGGCGACUAUGGAAGACCACAAGUGGAGAACCCGUUUUCUCAAGGACAAAAACAGAAUUAUGGUUGAAAUGAAGUCCUCUUUCUGAAUUUUCAUUUUUCUAUUAUCAAAAAUUUGGAUUAUUUAUUUUCUUGUACAUAAGUGGUCCAAAAGUGAACAAACCAAAUUUGUGAAUUUCUACUGGAAAAAAAUCGGAAAGAGAGUUUACGAAUAAACCAAAUUUCCGAAUUUCUACUAGCAGAAAAUCGGAAAUUGCGAUU